UGGAGAGGCUUCAGAUCCAGCCAUGUAGUCUCUGGACAGGUGCUACAGUUCAAACUGUCCGAUAUAGGAGAGGGCAUCAUGGAGGUGACCGUGUUAGAGUGGUAUGUAAAAGAAGGCGAUAUUGUGUCCCAGUUUGACAGCAUUUGUGAGGUCCAAAGUGACAAAGCAUCCGUAACCAUCACAAGCCGCUAUGAUGGAGUCAUUCGUAAGCUGUAUUAUGAUGUUGAUGCCACCGCUCAUGUCGGCUCCCCUCUUGUAGACAUUGAAACAGACAGAGCCCUUGAGGGCGCCCCAGAAGAAGAUGUAGUAGAGACUCCAGCCAUCUCUCAUAAACAACCACACCAGGAAAUCAAGGGCCAAAAAACCCAGGCAACGCCAGCAGUACGCUGCCUGGCCAUUGAGAGCAAUAUUAAACUAAGUGAAAUAGUUGGGACAGGAAAGGACGGCCGUAUACUGAAGGAAGACAUUCUCAAUUUCAUAGCCAAGCAAACAGGAGCCAUUCUCUCUUACGAGGUCCAAAAACCUCCAAUACCACCUGUGAUGACCAAACCCACUGCAGAUGCUCCACCCGAGCAUAAGACGCCUUUCAUGGCUCCUCCAACAAUCUCUCGACCCAUCUUCACCGGCAAAGACAGGACAGAGCCACUAAAUGGUUUCCAGAAGACCAUGGUGAAGACUAUGACUGCCGCUCUGAAGAUUCCUCACUUUGGUUACUGGGAUGAGGUGGACCUGACACAGCUGGUGCGGUUGCGCUCAGAGUUGAAGGAUCUUGCAGAGUCUCGGGGAGUCAAACUCAGUUACAUGCCUUUCUUCAUUAAGGCUGCAUCACUCGGACUGCUGCAGUUUCCUGUUCUCAAUGCCUCUGUGGAUGAAGGCUGCCAGAACAUCACAUAUAAGGCGUCUCAUAACAUCGGCUUGGCAAUGGACACUCCUCAGGGCCUUCUUGUGCCCAACAUAAAGAGCGUUCAGAGCCUUAGUGUUUUUGACAUUGCUGUGGAGCUCAAUCGUCUGCAGGCACUGGGUUCAGUUGGACAGCUUGGCACCCCUGACCUCACUGGAGGAACCUUCACCCUCUCCAACAUUGGCUCGAUUGGAGGGACAUAUGCCAAGCCAGCGAUUCUUCCCCCGGAGGUGGCCAUCGGUGCUUUGGGAAAGAUCCAGGUACUGCCCCGGUUCACCUUCUGUGAUGAGGUGGUCAAGGCUUACAUCAUGAACGUCAGCUGGUCUGCCGAUCAUCGCAUCAUAGACGGGGCCACCAUGUGCCGCUUUUCCAACCUAUGGCGCUCUUACUUGGAAAAUCCAGUUUCUAUGGUGCUGGAUCUCAAAUGAAAGCUGCUCUGGAAAUGAGAUCUGUACUCGCACACCCGUCUGUUACUCACAGGAGUGUCGGUUUAUUUGCACCUACAGUAGCUGCACCUUUAGUGGUCAAUAAACGUCAGCCUUUUCUGUUGUUGCCUUACAGAUUAAAGACUGUUACUGUUAUUAAGAAUUGCACUAGCCUUAAAGGAAUAUUCCAUUUUCUUAAAAGAAAAAUCCAGAUAAUUUACUCACCACCAUGUCAUCCAAAAUGUUGAUGUCUUUCUUUUUUCAGUCGAGAAGAAAUUAUGUUUUUUGAGGAAAACAUUGCAGGAUUUUUCUCAUUUUAAUGGACUUUAAUAGAGCCCAACAUUUAAUACUUAACUCAACACUUAACAGUUUUUUUCAACAGAGUUUCAAAGGACUAUAAAUGAUCCCAAACGAGGCAUAAGGGUCUUAUCUAGCAAAACCAUUGUCAUUUUUGACAAGAAAAAUAAAAAAUAUGCUCUUUUAAACCACAACUUUUCGUCUAGGUGCGGUCCAGCGCGACCUAACGUAAAUCCGUAGUGACAUAGGGAGGUCACGUGUUACAUAUAUAAAACGCACAUUUGCGGACCAUUGUAAACAAUAAACUGACACAAAGACAUUAAUUAGUAUCAGUUGACAUACAACAACGUCGGAACGGUCCUCUUUCAACACAUUUGUAAACACUGGGGCGGAGUUUCGCAUUCGUCCUCUGUGACCUCUUGACGUCAUGAUGUAUUGCGUGGGGUCACGCUGGCGCAUCACGACCGGAUUUAGAUGAGAAGUUGUGGUUUAAAAGUGCAUAUUUUUUAUUUUUCUUGUCAAAAAUGACAAUCGUUUCGCUAGAUAAGACCCUUAUGCCUCGUUUGGGAUCGUUUAUAGUCCUUUGAAACUCCGUUGAAAAAAACUGUUAAGUGUUGAGUUAAGUAUUAAAUGUUGGGCUCUAUUAAAGUCCAUUAAAAUGAGAAAAAUCCUGCAAUGUUUUCCUCAAAAAACAUAAUUUCUUCUCGACUGAACAAAGAAAGACAUCAACAUUUUGGAUGACAUGGUGGUGAGUAAAUUAUCUGGAUUUUUCUUUUAAGAAAAUGGAAUAUUCCUUUAAGUCAUUUGGAGAAUCCAUGUGCAUCAGAGUUUUCGAAUACAUUAUUUAUAGUUGAAAUGAACUGAAUCUUCGCACAAAAGUUACUUUUAUAAGAGUGUACAUGUGUGUGGAGUGGCUGAUACUGACUGGCUCUUGAGCUGCAGUGGAAGCAUCUGGACUGGCAUCUCAUUGUCUGCCGACUUUCUCUGACAGCUCAUUCAAACACAAAUAGUCUGUGUGUUUAACAGACAGACGGCCACUUCAUCUAAAACCACUAUGUGGAUAGAUUGUCACUGAAUUCAAACGGAAAUAAAAACCGUUUGCUUUGUG